AUAAUAUCUAAGGAAAUCUAGACAGUGUAAAAUUUGCAAAGUGUAUCAAUAUAAAAAUCGACCCAGAAAAAGAAAAUAUGAUCAAAGACUGAGGUCAUUUACGUAUACCACGAAGACGAAAGCAAGAUUCUAUAGAAGAAGCCAUGUGCAGUAAAGCCGUGUUUGUUUGGUUGCUAAGAAAACGUUUACAGAAUCUGGACAAACUGAAAGUCCCAUCAUCCCUUUCUAUCUUCUCAGGAUAUAUAUGUAUCCCUCUAUCUGUCUCUCAAUGAGUCUCUUCUUUUGCCUUUGUUAGUUAUUGACUGCACUCUCUGCGAAACGUUAUCAGGACUUCUCAUUUUCUCCCUCAAAUUUUCUUUUCUUUUCUUUUCCUUUUCUUUUCUUUUCUUUUCUCUUAUAGAUAUUCAUAUUCUCUUUCUCUAUCAUCGAUUUCCCUUGUUUCUGGAAAUGGGUCAUUGCCCCUGUUUUGGUUUUUUGAAUAGGAAGAAGCUCAAGAACAACGUUAGCGAUAAAGAACCAUCUUAUGAAUCAAGAUCAGGGUCAGCAGCAGCAGCAUCAGGGACAGGGUCAAAGUCAGGGUCAAGAUCAAAAGUUAAUGAAGAUUGUAGGCAAGAACCAUCAGCUCCAGGACAUAGGGCUAAGCCAUCUAAUAUGGCUCCAACAUUCACCUAUGAAGAACUUGCAAUUGCAACAAAUAAUUUUCAACCAGAUUCUUUUCUUGGCAGAGGUGGUUUUGGUGCAGUUUAUAAAGGGAAAUUAGAAAGCACUAAUCAGGUUGUAGCAGUUAAGCAGCUAGAUCUAUCAGGUAUCCAAGGAGAAAAGGAGUUCCUGGUUGAAGUUCUCAUGCUCAAUCUACUGCAUCACCCUAACCUUGUCAACUUGAUUGGAUUCUGUGCGGAAGGACAACAACGCCUUCUUGUCUAUGAAUACUUGUCCAUGGGAUCCUUGGAAGAUCACCUUUUUGAUGUUACGCCUGAUAUGGAGCCUCUGGACUGGAAUACAAGGAUGCAAAUAGCUGCUGGGGCAGCCAAGGGAUUGGACUAUCUGCACAACGCGAAUCCUCCUGUUAUAUACAGGGACUUAAAGGCCUCAAACAUAUUAUUGGAUGAGGGAUUCCAGACAAAACUCUCAGAUUUUGGACUUGCAAAGUUUGGUCCAAUGGGGGAUACAUCUCAUGUCUCCACCAGGGUGAUGGGCACAUAUGGUUACUGUGCUCCUGAGUAUGCUUCAACUGGAAGAUUGACAAUGAAGACUGACAUUUACAGCUUUGGGGUAGUCUUGUUAGAGCUAAUUACAGGACGUAGAGCAGUGGACGAAUUUGAUGGUCGCAAAAUACAUCUGAUUCAUUGGGCACUUCCCUUGAUGAAAGACGGUGGAAACUACUUAAAAUUAGCAGAUCCAUUGCUGAGAGGUCGGUUCUCAAUAUCUGUGUUUAACAAGGCUAUAGAGGUAGCAUCAACAUGCCUGAAUGAGAAUGCCAAUAGACGACCUUCAUCAAGUGAGUUGGUGAAUGCCAUGGAUUACUUGGUGUCCCAUAGGAAAUCCAAGAAGAAAUGUCCUGAGAUUGAUUUCCCUCCUAGUGUAGCUGCAGUGACUAUAGGGAAGGAUUUAGAUCGAGAUUGCGCAGUAGCAGAGGCCAGGAAGUGGGGAGAGAGUUGGAGAGAAAAGAGAAGACAAAGUCCACAGAAUACUACUAUUUCUAAUAGCACCAGCAGGUAUCAAUAAUCCCCAACUUAAAACCAUAUUUUCCUUCAAACAAGAACUAAACUUUGUAUGAAAAACCAGGCUUAUGGGUUUAGCUGGUUCAUCCUCAACCGUUUCAAAGUUAUAAUUUUGCCUUUUUCUUUAAACUUUGUAUAAAUAGUGCAUACAUUACAUUUAAACCUGUAGAUUUCUGGUUCUUGCCCAGAUGUUAAUAUCA